UUUGAAACCCACGCGCAAGGUGGGAACUUGAAAAUAUUUAUUUCAUAACUGAGCUCAAAUGGUAUGCGAAUUCUCGCAUAUUGCAGUGAGUGGCGUAACUAAAAAGUAAUAUUAUCAUUUAACGACUAACCGUAAACACUACAAAGUAAUUACUCGAAUAGUGCACGAAUGAACGAAAUUCCACUACCAAGUUACUGUAUUGUUCCUAGAAAAUCCUAAAUAGUUAGGUAAAUAAAAGCUUUUAAAGUGUAUAAUGUUUAAAUACAAAUCAGAGGAGAAUUCGGCGAGUACACAGUUUAGUGGCAAAUAUGUUUCGGAAGUGUCCUUGGAUAUACCACUAGAUGGGUUAUACACAGGUUCCAAUGACUGCAUUAUCGAGGAAGUGCGUGCGAAAAAUCAGCGAGGCUGUUGUGAAAUCACCGAUGAUUGGCUAAAAACUACCGCAUCAAAAAUCUUUCGCAAAAAGACUCUCUACAAACGGUUACCCAUUUUGGAGUGGUUACCUAAAUAUAAGAAAAAUGAUUUUGUUGGUGAUUUGGUGGCUGGUAUAACUAUUGGUUUAACUGUGAUACCUCAGGGCCUGGCUUUUGCAGGCAUAACGGGCUUGGAUUUGCAAUAUGGGCUGUAUAGCUGCUUCAUGGGCUGCUUUAUUUAUGUAAUUUUCGGUACCAGUAAGGAUGUACCAGUUGGGCCCACUGCCAUUGCUGCACUGCUCACAUUUCAAAUUGCCCAUGGCAGCUUGGAAAAGACAAUUCUACUCACCUUUCUUACUGGCAUCAUUGAAGUGCUGAUGGGUAUAUUCCAGCUAGGUUUUCUCAUAGACUUCGUAUCAGGACCUGUCAGUGCGGGAUUCACCAGCGCCGCUUCAUUGAUCAUCUUUACCUCACAACUGAAAGAUAUGCUGGCCGUAGAGGCCGCUGGCGAAACCUUAGUACAUAUGUGGAUGUCCAUAGUAAAGGAUUUUCAUAACAUAAGCUGGAAUGAUGCUGCGUUGGGUUUAAGUUCUGUGAUUUUGUUACUUUCCAUGCGUGCUAUGACAUUUGUCACCAUCGGCCCAAAAGAAGGUAAAACAUGUUGGCAACGAGUUUUGCAGAAAACGAUUUGGUUGAUUGGUACCUCCCGUAAUGCAGUGCUUGUGAUAUUGGUCGGUCUGUUGGGUUAUGAAUUGCUCCAUUCAGGCAUCGAUAUCUUUCGCAUGGUUGGUUAUGUGCCGCAAGGAUUGCCUGAGUUAAAGAUGCCAGCAUUCUCCGUGACCAAAUACGUGAAUACAACGAGCGGGGAAAUUGUGACUACGCAUGAUAAUUUCAUCGAUAUGGUCCGCAGUUUAGGUACUGGUCUAAUUGUCAUACCGCUCGUUUCGCUACUGGAGACCACAACGCUGAUACAUACUUUUGCUGAUGGCAAAUCUUGUGAUGCUAAUCAAGAACUCAUUGCUAUUGGCCUUUGCAAUGUGGGUACUUCCCUUGCGCAAGGCUUUCGCGGCAACGGCCCCUUGGCUCGUGGAGCUGUCUUGAACGCCAGUGGCGUUAGAACUCAAAUGUCUAAUUUAUACGCGGGCAUCGUUGUUGUCUUUGCCUUGCUUUAUCUUACUCCUGCCUUCUAUUACAUUCCGAAAGCAGCUUUGGCGGCGAUUAUCGUUUCGGCAACGAUAUUUAUGUUGCAGUAUCGCGUAAUCAAGCCCAUGUGGCGCAGCAAAAAAUCCGACCUCAUUCCUGGACUUGGUGCCUUCAUAGCAUGUAUUGUAUUACCUAUACAGAUUGGCAUAUUGGUUGGCAUUGGCAUCAAUAUCGUUUUUAUUUUGUACAGCGCAGCACGACCAAAACUACGUAUGGAAAAUUUGAGCACAUCAAAUGGUAUUAGAUACCUAAUGCUCACUCCAGAUCGGUGCUUGAUUUUUCCUUCAGUUGAAUUCGUGCGCAACGUGAUUAACAAGCAUGGGCGCACAUCGACACUUCCAGUGGUCAUUAAUUGCACUUAUAUUUACGGCGCCGACUUCACAGCGGCCAAAGUUGUUUCAAUGCUAAUCAAAGACUUCGAAACACGUAAUCAAAAGCUCUACUUCUACAAUCUUCAAGCACGAGUCUCACAGGUUUUCGAAGGUCUCAAUAAGGGAUUGAUCGUUAUAUACGAUGCUGAACAUUUGGAAAGAGAGCUUUCAGGCAAAGACGAUAAUUCCAAGCUGUGAAUUAAUGGCAAUAAAUGGAUAAUUGGAAAUUGUUUGUUUGGCUGCUGCUGAUGUAAUAAACGGAUGCGCACUCGAGCGGAAACGAAGUGUCAAUACAAAUGAAGUGAAGGUGUAAAGUGGUGAAAGAGCAUCGCCGUAGAAUGAAGAGAGUGCGAAUACUACAAUAAUAUGAGGCGAGGGCAGUAAUAUCGUGAUGAACAGUGUUGUGUUUUUAAUGAUGUUUUUGUAGCUCUAAUUGCAAGUUUUUUACGUUUACAUUUGUUUUUUAUAAAUAUAUGUAUGUAUGCAUAAUCGUUUUUUAAGCAAAUAUUGUGAUAGAAAAUUAAAAUACUUUCCAUAAUUCAGCAUUCAUUGAGUCAUCUCAUCUUUUAUUUUUGAAAACUACAAUUAACUACUCUUGAGUAGUAAACCACAGUUAAUUGUCAACUUAUCCAUCUAUCUAUAAGUAUAUAUGUAAUAUAUAUGUAUUAUAUAUUAUGACAUAUAGAAGUAUAUAUAGUAUACUGUAUUACAUACAUGUACUAGACCGUACCACAUUAAAAUGAAAAAAAGAUAAUUCGGCAUACACUCCUGGAACUAAAGUAUUAUCGCAAGACAACUUCGAAUUUGUUUUGGUCGGGUUGCCAUGCCAAAUUGUUUGUCAUUUCUUCCUUAUUUAGAAGGAGAUCAAAAGCUACGAUAUAUCGAUAUUUUUGACAGAAUUUUUUUGACGAAUGCAUCCUAUUCCUUCGCUGCUACAAUCUCGGUAUAACCAUCUGAAUAUACUAGAGAGAGAGAAUAUACCACAAACAAAGUUAUGGUGAGUAAGUACUGGAAAGAGAGAUUUCCAACUCCGUUACCUGUAAGUAUAACUCAAUCGCAAAACGAUAGCAAUAGUAAAUGAAAGUAUGAGAGUAUUAGUCAGUGGUGUUAUUAAGGCCCUUAUUCAAUUAGACAUUAUUUAAUUAUGUUACACCUACCGACGUUAGGGUGAUAAGAACUAAAACGUGGAAUUGGAAAUCAAUGAACUUUGGGACAACAGCAAAAUCUUCUGUUUGAGUUACAAACAACGAUAUAUUGUACAUACUUUGAGAUCCGAGUGAAAAUACCGAAGAGGUUACGAAAAAUUCGAAAAGAAAAUUUUUUUGUCUAAAUAUUUCCAAUAGCAUUAUCGGAAAAUUUCCUUAGCAAAACUUUAGUAAUUUUUGGCGAGCUUUAAUAUACUGACAUUAGGGUGGUAUGUUAGGGUGCUAGGAACUAAGAUCAGAUAGGUAUGAAUAUUGAGACAAAUGAAUGUUGAAAUAAAAAAAUAUAUGCUCUUGUGACAAAAAUAUUGAUACAUAAUACCCUUAAAUCCGCCUAGAAAUGCUGAAGAUAUGAGGAAAAAUGUAAACGGUAUCCCUUACUUUCGAACAACCAAAAUCGGCCUCAAAUCGAAAUACUUCCUUAGCAAAAGUAUAAUGAGUUUUGUGAAGCUUUAAUGAAUUGGCAUUUGGGUGGUAUAUUAAGGUUGUGAUAACAGAUAUCUGGUGAUUUAGUACAAGAACAGAGAACUUGGCGCCAAUAAACUUUGGACCACACAAAAUUUUCUCCUCAAGACAAGUACAUCGAUACAUCUUACUUCAAGAUCCGUCUAUAACUGCGUCUAUGACGAAAAAUUUAAAGAUGCUUCGGCUAAAAAAUAAUAAUUUUUCGAAAUUGUCUUGCAAAAAUACUGUAGACUCGGAAGUGCGUGGCAAACUUUGUUUCCGGUACGGUCUAAUAAGUUAUUAAAAAAAUUAAUAAAUUCAUUGAAAUUGAAAAUAUAUAGUAUAAUAUUUGCAUACAUGCUUAUUAUGUAAUUAUAUAUAUGUUCUUACAAAUAUGUUGUGUAUAAAUCUACGUUUCUAUAAACCUACGUUGAAGGAUAAAG